AUGAAGGCCCCAGGAAAGACCGGCGACGGGGAACGAAGGUCGACGACGGGAGGAGCGCGAGGAGGACGAGGACCACGAGGAGGUGGGGACGGAGAUAACUCCCAUAGGGGAGCACCAGGACGAGCGGCGCGGAAAGAGACCGAAGGAGGGAGAGGGGGAGGAAGACCGGGAAGUUCGUCCGACGGCGAAGGAGAUGCUGUCGCGAACACCGAACGACCAGCUGGCGGGGGCAACGGACGAGCGACGGGCGACGGGCGGGAAGUUGUCGAGGGCUUCCUCUGCUUAGCAGGGGAAGGGGGGAGGAAGGAGCAGACACCUGAUGUACACGAUGCACAUCGUGUACCACGGUUGGUCCCACAAGGACGAACGCAGGGGAAGUUGGGAUGCCGAGAUUGCUCGUCACUGGAAGUUAGGCGAUCACAUUCCUCGCCUUUGGGAGCCAGCUCCCAUCUUCCAGGUUGGGCCGCGAGGAGGGCCAGGAGACUCGCCGAAGUUCUUACCGUUCCAGAGCGAGGAGCAGGCGAGGAAGAAGGGGCUUCAACCCGUACCCGUAUACGCGCCGGGGUGGGCGAGGACAAAGCGGACGAAGAGGAAGAGGACACCGAUAUUGGUGAAGAAGUUCGUCGAUGUCUCUUCUUGGGAGACCGAAGGAUGGAGGGUUUUCUUGAUGAACUCGCCUCUUUCGAGGGAGUUUGUCUCUUGGCCGGGGUCGACGAUGGACCGGCGACGGGAGCGGGAGGAGCGGGAGGUGCGGAGGACGAGGACGGUGUCGACAGCGAAGGGAGAGCAGCCGACAGGGAAGAGAGACGAAGACCAGCCGAGCUGGCGAGGCGGCGGACGAAGGACGAAGGAGGAGCAGGAGGAGGAGACUGA